UGAGGCAAGAAGAAUCACACCAGCGGCUACUGCACAAUCCCUGACAGACUAAGAAAUGAGAAAAAUAUCGAACCAUGGGACCCUGCGGGUGACGAAGGUGGCAUAUCCACUAGGACUGUGUGUGGGCCUGUUCAUUUAUGUCGCCUACAUCAGGUGGCACAGGGCCUCCGCUGCCCAGGCCUUCUUCACCAUUGCUGCGGCAGCCUCGGGGGCACGGUGGGGCCAGCAGGCCCACAGCUCCUCUGUUUCAGCUGCGCAGAGUCAUGAGGUCUUCUACGGGAUCAUGUUUGAUGCCGGAAGCACUGGCACCCGCAUACAUGUCUUCCAGUUUGCCCGGCCACCUGGAGAAACUCCCACCUUGACCCAUGAGACCUUCAAAGCACUGAAGCCUGGUCUUUCUGCUUAUGCUGAUGACGUUGAAAAGAGCACGCAGGGGAUCCAGGAGCUGCUGGAUGUUGCCAAGCAAGACAUCCCAUUUGACUUCUGGAAGGCCACCCCUCUGGUCCUCAAGGCCACAGCUGGUUUGCGCCUGUUACCAGGAGAAAAGGCUCAGAAGUUACUACAAAAGGUGAAAGAGGUGUUUAAAGCAUCACCUUUCCUGGUAGGUGAUGACUGUGUCUCCAUCAUGAACGGAACGGACGAAGGUGUCUCAGCGUGGAUCACCGUCAAUUUCCUAACAGGCAGUUUGAAAACUCCAGGAAGGAGCAGUGUGGGCAUGCUGGAUUUGGGCGGAGGAUCCACUCAGAUCACCUUCCUUCCACGGGUUGAGGGCACCCUUCAGACCUCCCCACCAGGCCACCUGACAGCGCUGCAGAUGUUUAACAGGACCUACAAGCUCUAUUCCUACAGCUACCUGGGGCUAGGACUGAUGUCAGCGCGGCUGGCAAUCUUGGGUGGCGUGGAAGGGAAACCUGCAAAAGAUGGGAAGGAGUUGGUCAGCCCUUGUUUGUCUCCUGGGUUCAAAGGCGAGUGGGAGCAUGCUGAAGUCACAUACAGGAUUGCAGGACAGAAGGCAGCAAGCCUCCACGAGCUGUGUGCCCGCAGAGUGUCAGAGAUCCUUCGAAAUAAAGUACACAGGACCCAAGAGGUGGAGCAUGUGGACUUUUAUGCUUUUUCUUACUACUAUGACCUUGCAGCCAGCGUGGGCCUCAUAGAUGCAGAGAAGGGAGGCAGCCUUGUAGUUGGAGACUUUGACAUAGCAGCCAAAUAUGUGUGUCGGACCCUGGAGACCCAGCCGCAAAGCAGCCCCUUUGCAUGCAUGGACCUCACCUAUAUAAGCUCACUGCUCCAGGAGUUAGGUUUCCCCAGGGACAAAGUGCUGAAGCUCACUCGGAAAAUUGACAAUGUGGAGACCAGCUGGGCUCUCGGGGCCAUUUUUCAUUACAUCGACUCCCUAAACAGACAGAAGAGUCUAUCUUCAUAGCAGCUGAGCCCCAGUUCCCACCCAGUCAGCUUUUUUGAGCUUGCAUCUCCAUGGACCCCUCCAUCCUGGAAGUGAUUCCAUCCUUGAGGAGCUACCAUACUGGCUAAGACUCUCCUUCCUCAGCCUGCAGUGGCACCUCGUACAGACUUGCCUGAGACCUGGUGGGAUCCCUUGCUGCCUGGCCCAUGUACUAGCCCUGUUGUGCCUCAUCUGGCCCAGGGGCAGGGGCUGGGAGGCCCCAGGCAUUCCCCCUGCCUUGCCUACAAGAAGGCAAUGAGCUAGACAGGGCCAAGGGCACACCCUGAGGUGGGCCUUCAGCCCCUAUCCCCAUCCCCUCUGUCUGCAGGGUUGUGGCUGCUUUUCCGUGCAUCCCUGUGAUGUAGAUCUUGUCUCCCAGCCCCUGCUGUUCCCUCUCCAGGGCCAGACCUCCACCUCCCCUGUGCUGGCCUGGCUGCUCUGGGGGAGCCAAGAAGAAAAAGUGCAAUCUCCAGGACAAAAGACUUGAGCAUAUUCAUCUCAUCCUCAUUGUGAACAGUGAACUCACAGGGAGGUCUGCUCCCCACUAGUGGGUAAUACUAGUAGGAAGAGAACAAAGAAGACUCCCUCUUCCAGAGCUCUCUAGGAAGGUAUUUCUGAUUGCAGAGUCCCCAGGUGUGAGCAGGGCUGAGUGUAAUCACUGUAAAAACACCCAUGGCCAUGCUGCCUGCCCUGGGAGUGUCAAGCACUUCUGUAUAAAACUAUGUCUGAGCCCCUUUUCUGGACACAACUCUGUGUCCCAGUGAAUGUAUUGCUGCUGUGAGCCAUUUGCAGACUAGCAGGGCCGGUCAAAGAUAUAGCCCCAGAACCACACUUUUUUGUGGCUCUUGUGCUCUCUACAGGCCAUAGCCUGUUCUCCUCAUCUGACCCAGGGGCAGGUUCUGGGAUGCCCCCUAGCACCCACUCUCUGGGUUGGAGCUGAGUGUGAAGCUUGGAUAUGGUUUAGGACCUGGUGCCUGAGUCCCUCAUUGUCCUUCAGUGAAUGUACAAUACAUGGAAUAAGCUGAACCUGUUGUGUUCCAUUCCAAAUAAUAAAGGUUUACAAGGGUUUCACUCCUCUACUUCCUCU